GCCUCUGCCGUUGCGCAGUGCAGACCGGGCGGCACGAGGCGGGGCGGAGGUGCUCUCCAGAGAUGAAUCUGUGAACCAAAACCGACCUGAAUUAAAGCUAUUUACCGUCCACACAUCAGCUAUGCAGACAGGUGCGUUCAUGGAAUCUCACCUAGUCAGGUUGGUCCCUUGUGUCCUUUCCCUGUUCAUUCUCACUCACCUGUGCCUGGCUGCACCGGGUCAACCUGGGACACAAAGGGAGGAAUCCAUAGAUGCCCGUCCCCCUUCAGCUGAACUAGCUAAUCCCUUUGGCUCUGGAGAGGAGGACCGCAGGUUGCUGCAAAGUUUCAUUAAAUCCACCCUGAGUGGUGAUCAGGGAGGACCAGAAAUCAGCAACUGGGAGCAAGAGGUGUUCUACCUGUUUCGUCUUUAUGACUACGAUCGCAGUGGGCUCCUGGACGGCUUGGAGAUGAUGAGGCUGCUCUCUGACUUUAACUCACAUCAUACACCGGGAGCACAGACCAGUGAGCUGCAGGUGGUGUCUAUGGUAGAUUUUUUACUCCAGGCUCAGGAUUCCAACCAGGACGGCAUGUUAGCCCCAUCUGAGCUGCUGUCUCCUCCAAAGCCUCACUCACAGGACCCUGGUAAUGGUGAUGACAGUAUGAAGGCAGAAGCAGAAAAUCCUGUGGAGGCUCACCAGGAAUUGCAGCCUCAAGUUGAAGAGCAAAUUCAUCAGGAACGCAUAGAACAAGUAGAUGAGCAGCAUGUGCAACAAAUCCCAGAAGCCCCAGCAGCAGAGCAACGGCAUGAUCAACCUGUUCAUCAAGGGCAACCAGAGAUAUGAAUGCAGAAAUGCAGAUGCUGGUUCUGUCCACACUGUCACACAAUGUGCUCACACCAGCAGAAGACUGAUGAUAGAGUUAAAACAAUGCCCUCGACUGAGAGGACUUUUUCUUCUUCAUCCCUAUGAAUGGUUUCUCUCUUGAUUUGAAUGCGAAGAUUCUACCAUCCAUUUCACCUGACGAACGUGUUUUAAAUUAUUGCCCUUACUUUAUUUUUAAAAACAUUUUCUACAAUGAGAACUAAUUGGUAUUAAUGCUAUUAAAAUGGAAGCCAUCAUUAGUAGAUAUUUUAUUCUGGAAUAUUUGAUUUUCUUUAUUUGUAUUUAUUACCCUUUUUGUCACACAUUUGAGCUUUUCUACGACAUUCUGUUGUUUCGUGUACACCUGGAUUGGCCUUAUUGUAUUUGACUCACCAUAGGCUUAGGAUAUGCACCAGGAGUGCAUCUGGACUGUUAUCUAGUAAAACUGGUCUCAUUUACAAACUGGUGUGCCAUGAAUCUUAAAAUGUUGUCCUCCGUGAGAAUUUGUUCAGCCCUCACAUAACCUUAAAUCAUGUAAUAAAAUUAGGUUAUUCAGGAGAAAAUUCCCAUCUUAUUAUGCAAUAUUUGCCAAGUCUUAAUUGUUUUUCAUGCACGUGUAUAAGCAUUAUAUUUGGAUGAGAAUUGUGAUGUGCCUGAAUGAGUAGGAAACCAUGAAAAAACAGACCAGUGUUUGGCUCUUAAUGAGUUACAGCCAUCUACCACCAGUCUUCCAUCCUGAUAGUUGAGGUCAGCUAGACCCUUGUGAAGUAACAUAAGAUGUAAUUUGAUUUUACGUUCAGCCUGCAGACUUUUAUUUUCAUGGUUCUUUUUUUUUUUUUUUUAAUUUGCCUUUAUGCAUUUUUUUUUUUUUUUUUUUUU